GCCGGCCCGGACGCACUCCCGCCCGCCCGAGCCCGGAACAAUGCCACUGACCGCCAGUGACUGUGACUGUGUUGAUAUGUUACAACCGAAACGCUGCUCGGAUUUCAAUCCAGCCUAAUCCCGCGCGGAACAAAAAACUCGAAAAUGGCUUUUAAACUGUAUUUGUUUGUGGGUGUUCUGUUUAGCUGUCAGCUGAGCCACCUCGCGUGGUCGUACCCCGCAGAGUGCCACACUUGUUCCUAUAAUGUUACACUGAAUGAAAAAAAUACGACCUUCCACGAGCGUGUAUGUUGUGAUAACACUGAACAGUUCGAGUGGCACGAGAAUUACAAAAACAAAACCCAACUCGAAGUCUCGGUAAAAUUUGCUUUAUGUAAUAAAAGUUAUGUGGAGCUGAACUUCACGAAAUUGAAUAUCAGCUCGCUCACCCUCAGUAAUAAUAGUAUAGUGAAAUUAAAAUUGAUCCUAAAACCACAAACGCUGAGGGUCCUAGAUAUAUCCCGAAAUAAAUUGCAGUUCGUUACGAAAGAUCUUUUCAACAACUUUACGAAUUUGCGUCGGCUCGUCCUGAGUAAGAACGAGAUCGUCAGCAUAUCCGACGGCAGCUUCGACGGGCUAACCAGCCUGGAGUCGCUCGACCUGUCGGAGAACAACGUGUCGUCGCUGGCGAGCAUCCUCACGCCGCUCAAGAACCUGCAGCACCUGAACCUGAGCCGCAACAGCAUCGGGUUCCUGCACUCGUCGUACUUCGACAACAGCCUGCUGCAGCAGCUGGACGUGUCGCACAACGACCUGGCGGCGCUGGCGCCCGGCGCGCUGCAGCUGCUGCCCAGCCUGGCGCGGCUGCGGCUCAGCGACAACCCGCGCCUGGGCCGCGCGCCGCCCGCGCUGCUGGUGGGCGCGGGCCGCCGCCUGCAGCAGCUGGACGCGGCGCGCACCGGCCUGCGCCGCGUGCCCGACCCCUUCACCCACUCCGUGCGCUUCCUGUCGCUCGUCGGCAACCGCAUCGCCGCCGUGCGCCGCGGCGACCUCGACAGCUACCCGCUGCUGCAGUCGCUCGACUUCUCCGACAACCGCAUCGAGUCCGUCGAGGACGACUCGCUCGGCAGGCUGGAGAUGCUGCUGUUCCUCAACUUCAACAGAAACCUGUUGACGACCGUGCCGAAAUCUCUUCCGGAGGAGUUGAAGUACUUGUCUAUCAACAACAAUUUUAUUGGGAACCUCACUGCGUCCGAUUUCAAGGAGUUGCCCAACCUGCGGAUCCUGCUGCUGCAGCACAACCAGAUCCGGUACCUGGACGAGCGCGCGUUCGACGAGCUGCCGGCGCUGGAGCUGCUGGACCUGUCGCACAACCCGCUGCGGCGGCUGGCGGGCAGCGCGCUGCAGGGCCCGCGGCGGCUGCGCGAGCUGCGGCUGAGCGGGCUGGCGGCGGCGGCGGCGGCGGGGGGGGACGGGGGCUUCCCCGCGCCCGCCGGCGUGGCGCGCCUGCAGCUGGCGGCCAGCCCCGGCCUGGCGCGCGCGCUGCUGGCCGACCCCGCCGCGCUCGCCGCGCUCUCGCACCUGCAGUACCUCGACCUGCGCAUGAACAACCUCACCGACAUCCGGAACGACCUGCUCUUCUACCUCGGCCAGCUCAAGACGCUCCGUCUGCACGGAAACAAUAUCAAUUGCAGCGCGGAGCUGUGGCUCAAGGACUGGCUGUCCUGGAACGAGAGCUCGACCUCCGGUGAGACCUGCUACUACUCGUCGUCGGAGCCGAGGGACGACGAGAACAAGGACAACAGCACUUUCUCUGAAUCGUUCACGAUCAGCGACAGCCUGCCGCCCGUUAAUUUAUACAGUACUGAAAUGAUUAACAAGCUGCUGAGAUACUACGGGUAUCUGAAUAAUAAAACUGAGAGGAUUCAGAACGAAUCGGAUAAUUCUAAAUUAAAAAGCAAUGCUACUAAAGCUAACAUUGACACGAAAUCAAUUGAGGAGAAUACGAUAUACAAAAACGUAGAUAAUCCGUUUCUAUUGCGGAUCGACAACCGAAUAUCAUCGAAUGAGUAUUCGAACGAGUCCGCGGCGGCGAAGGCGCGCGAGUCGGCCCGCGUCCUGGAGCAGGGCCGGGUGCGGGCGCGCGCGGACCGCCGCGUGCUGGACCUGGGCCCGGGCGCGCCCGCCGCGGACCCCAACAAGUCCUACUAUGAGGAGGUCACUCAGCUGCGCCGGAAGUAUCGCUCCGGCAAGCGACUGAACACGCCGGUGAAUGCGGCGAAGAAGGAGGUGAUAAGUGAAGUGUCGACGACGGGGCUGCCCGAGAGCGCGUCGGUGAACGUGAGCGUGCGCGUCGAGUACUCUCCGUACCAGUCGUCGCCGUCGCCCUACGUGCGGUACGUGGGCGCGGGCGGCGCGCUGGCGCUGGCGGGGCUGGCGGCGCUGGCGCUGGCGCUGGGCGCGGCGCGGCGGCGGCGGCCCGUCGCGCGCCCCGCCGCGGCCGACCGCGACCAGAUAGAGGUGGCCAACAUCUCCGGCGGCGUGCUCUGGUGACAUCUGCGGACGGCCGACCCCACGCCCUUCGAAUAUGACUCCCUUUUGACGUAGUAUUAAUUACGAAGCGGUCGGCUGCGCCGGUGGUGGACAGAAAUGUGAUAAAAUGGACGUACAUAUUUUUUUAUGAAAUAAGUACAAAUUGAGUGGUUCCCAGUGACGGUGUAAGGCUAAAGUUGUUUAAAAGUUGUAAUUAUAAUGUUAAAAUUGUAAAUAAUUUUGUUAAUGUCACUUAGAUAAUUUGUGUGUGCAUGAGAGAUCAACAGAAAACUUAAUAUUGUAGCUGUACUUAUACAUUUCUUUGUAGGUAUUUUGUAUGGUUUUAUGAAUGUUAAAUUAAUUCCAGUUACGUUAGUUUAUGCAUGAAAAUAAGCCAUCCGUGAGCGCCAUUGUUAAUUAUGAAAUACUCGUUACAAGCGACGGGUAAAAUAUUCAAAAACAUUUAACCCAAAAAGAACGUCAGGUAAACUUUUUUGACUCUCAAAAAGUUUUUACGUUGUGUGUGCCAUGAUAUAUUUUGUGGCUAGAGCAAUAGGGUUGUCACAUUUUGUAACGUAGGACAAAUGCGUCGUUAUUGUUUUACGGAAUGUCUUUACAUAAUUAUAUGUAUAUUUUAUAAACAAUUUGAUAAUUACAAUAUUAAUGCUACGAAAUGUCAUAAAUUACCUUAGAUAUUUCUGAACAAUAACACAGUUCGCGACCACUAAGUAAUACAAAACUGUACCUACAGUUCCGUUAUAACUACCUAUCUUGAUAAUAUUAUUUAAUUGUUAUAUAAGCCUGUUAAGCGAGUGACAACCCUGGGCUUAACACUGAAGUGUAACGUAGAAUGGAUUGCGCUUGCCGAAUAUAGCAGAGAAUAAAGCUACUCGAACAAAACGUUUAUAUUUAUUAUUCUGCAAUUUAAAUCAGCGUUGAUUUUUUUGUUUUCAUUCCAAACUUUUAGAUGAAUGUCAUACAGUAUAAAAAUGUAUGGUUACUGAAAUGUAAUCGUAACAUGUAUUAAAAUAAAAUAUCUACUAACUUUAUUAUUGUGGAUUAUUACAAGUCAUGUAUAUUACUCUGCGUACUUUGUGUUGAUCUCUCUACAUAAAAUAUUUGUAUUAUGUUUCAUUGUACUUUAAUUUGUAACCUAGCAGGCUCUCUUUUGCCAACUUUGUUCCGAGUUCGACCGACUUAUAAAGUCUGACAAAUUGCAAAAAGGGUAAAAGUACCUUCCAACUGUAAUGGAUAAUUCAAGAGGUUUUGCCAAAAAGUUUGUUUUGUAAAUCAAUCAAAGUUAGGAGUUUUUGUACCCAGGUCAAUCUGAGAUAUAGAAAUGAAACUUAUCUGCAUUUGGUUAUUCAUGUAUACUCUGUCUGUAUUUUUAUUUUAUUUCCUCCGCUUUUAGACAAGCUGUUAGAAGAAAGCCUGAGCAUGAGUUACUUUGUACUUUCAAUUUGUAAAUGAUGAUUGUGAAAUGCAGAUCAUGUCUUCCCUGCCACUUAAUAAUGUAUGUAUGUAUAUAACUUUAUAUAGUAUUAUGUUUAUCACUACCUAUAUAAUAUUAAAAAAAUGCGCACAUUCUUCAGUGCCAAAGCUGAUUUGUUCGUUUGUCUGUUGAGUGUAUCUUACUUGUAUUUUUCACAAAUAACAGAGAACUGUGCCAAAGUAAAACUGUUUAGCUUCUUAAAAUUAUCAUGACAUACAUAAUAGUUUAAAUGAAUGUUCAUUGUUUUUCAAGGUUAGUUGGGUUAUUCUAUAAGAAAUUCUUCACAGACUUAUCGCUGAAUAUAUAUGAGAUACUAUCACUAUGUAAAAAUAUGAGAUAAAUUCAGUUUUCACAUAAACAUUGAUUUCUUACAGAAACACCGAGCAGGUCCUUCCACUAUAACUACUAAUAAUAUACUUAUAACAAAUACUUUGACAAAUUCUGAAGAUCAAAUACGAAUCCCAUCCCAAAACAAUUGUACUUAUAGGAUAUACUAUACAAAGCUUAGACUGUAACUUCAAAGUUUUUUUCCCCCUCACACUCAUUACCGCCCUGGUAUCUCAAGUUCAGAUGGAAUGCAUCAAGACUUAUGUCAUUUUAUUUAAAUAGGUAAUACGCAUGAAUUUAAUAACUAGCAAAGGAAUGGGAAAUCAUGUUUAUAUUUCCCACCGAGUUCCUGAAAGCCGAGUUUCCCCAUUCCGCGCGUCCUAUUAUUUAGCGAUGAUGUUAAUCCCGGCUCAGACGCUAUUAAAGCUCGUUUUCACAAUCUACGCUUAAAUUCAAAUUAAUCGAUAUGUCCUAAUCAUGCUAAAGCCCUCAAGAUGAGACCCUGACGUGUGCGUGUGUGUGAGGAAGACAGAGAUAUUGGGAUGGGAAGAGAGACAAGGAUAGGAGAUCGCUAAAUUAGGCUGAUGCGAACGUGUUGAAUUGAAGAUAGAUUACCUUUCAGACAGUUUCCCGCCUUGGUUUUGUAAUUUUAUGCCGACGGUAUAUGACUAUAUAUCAUGUCAUAUUCUCAUGUUUUGCCAGAAUGACAGGUUGCAUGAAACCUGUGAGGCGCAUUUUUGUAGCUUAUACCUAUAACUAAAUGACUGAAUUAGGCCAUUCAAAUAUAGGUUUAUUUUUGUUUUGUCUUAAAGUAUGUAACUUGCUACAGUCAUUAUUAUUAUUUAUGGUAAAAAAUAUUCAAGGAUAAAUAAAAUAUUUUUCCAGCUAUGCAUGAACUGAAAGUUGACGGUAAAUUAUGAGCAUGUGAUUUCUGAGCAAUAUAACAAAUAACCUAUUAUAUAGUAUCUCUACGUUUAUAAAUGCUAAAAUCGUAUUAUUUUACUUUUGUAUAAAAAGCAGCCAGGACCUAAAUUAUAAUUACAUCAUCAUCACUAUUACACAGUAUACAUUACCAUUAUUUCAAAGCUUAUAAGUUCACUCUUUAGAUUAUGUUACAGGCAAACUAAAAAUGCAGUUAUAGUCAAAUGUGUCUAGUAAAUUACUUUGCCUGUAACAUGAGUUGAGAUGACUCUUUCAUCGUUGGACUUCUCUGAUUCUGGAACUAUGGUUGUAACUUGAUAUAUAACACUUGAUGACAGUGAUGUGUAGAUAUAUGUAUGUUUUUACGUAUAGUAGUUUCUGGUGUACAAUCAGAUAGCCAAAGAAUUUAAUAAAUAGAAUGAAAUAAAAAAUA